AUGGAAGAAGUGCAUUCCGCUGAUCAUCUUCUCGAAGGCAUUUACUGCGGAAAGGAGAAUUGUUACGAAGUCCUAGGAGUUAGCAGGGAAGCUACAAAAAAUGAAAUCGGCAGAAGUUACAGACAGUUGGCUAAGAAGUUCCAUCCGGACUUACACCGAUCAGCAGAGGCUAAAAAAGAAGCGGAGGAAAAGUUUAAGCAGAUCGCCACUGCAUACGAAAUAUUAAGAGACGAUGAGGAAAGAUCAGACUACGACUACAUGUUGGACAAUCCUCAGGAGUAUUACGCUCACUACUAUCGUUACUACAGACGUCGAAUGGCUCCAAAAGUUGAUGUGAGAAUUGUAAUUGCAGUAACUAUAUCUGUAAUAUCUAUUAUUCAGUACUACGGUGCAUGGUCAAAAUACGACACCGCAAUUAAAUACUUCAUGACUGUACCAAAGUAUAGAAAUAGGGCUUUGGAAAUUGCCAAAGCUGAAACCAAGGAAUCUCAGGGCAAAGGCAGAGCUAAUAGAAAAAGUAAAGCGGAACAAAAGGUAGAACAGGAUAGAAUUAUAAGAAGGGUCAUAGAAGAAAACUUAGAUAUUAAAGAUGAUAAGGAAAAACAAGAAUUUUUAGAUGAUGAGUUGUGGAUCAAAGAAAACUUUUUGAUUUGGAAGGAAAUAAAGGAUGAAGAGGCUAAAAAAGCUCUUGCAGAAAAUAACAAAUACAAGCAAUACCGAAGUUGUUGCGUGUCGAAUGUCGGUUCGAGCCGAGCGCCGAGAGAGAUGCCCUGUUCGGCGCUCAGGAGGUUGUCGGGCGGUGGGGGCGGCGGGGGCGGUGGGGGCGGCGGGGCGGGGGCGCGCCCUCACACCGGCGUCUCGUGGUCUGCCUCCUCGAUGCGGCCGAGGCGCCACGCGUUCGGGUCGCUCGCUGUGCCCAAACGAACUCGCUUGUAUUGUAUUUCGUGCGGAACGGGU